AUGAAUAAUAACUUAUUAAUAAUAGUUUUUUUUUCUGCUUGGACUCUACUAUUUCUAUUGAUUUUAUUUAUAGGAUAUUUGCUAGAUAAAUCAUAUCAAUUAGCAUCUAUAAGCCCAUAAACAAAAAGUAUUACUCCUUCGUGUAGCCUCCUUACGAUUAAUCCAAUAAUGGUUCCAAACGCGUAGAAACAGCAAUCAAUUAGAAAGGUUGAUGAAGAAUUCAAUAUUGUAAACAAUAACUAUGGAUAAUAAAAUCAAUAAGUUAAUUAAGAAAAUGGACAAGUUAACUUAGAAUUAAAUACAAGUCCAAGAAGGAGGUCCAGUGAUAAAAAAUCUCCUUCACGGUCUCCAAAGAAAUUUUAAAUGUAAUAAACUAUAAUAAAGAAACUCAACAUUGGCACUUAUGAUGGGGCAGACACAUUAUAAUCAACUAAUAGAAAAAGCGUCCGAUCACGACCCUCAGUAGUUAAUAGUGAAAGGAAUAGUGUUUAUGCUCAAUCUCCAGGUUAGAGAAUAACGAGCAUUCCUAGAAUAUCAUCAGUCUCAAAUUUCUAAAUUAGUGGACAAUUUCUUGUAGACUCUAUUUAUAAAAUUCCUAAACCAUUAAAAGAUUACUAUAAAUGCCAUUAAUUAUCAAAGAUAUAUUUUACUCAUAAGGAUGGAAUUUCAAGAACCUUUAUGACGUUUUAAAUAUAUUUUAGAUAAAUUACUUGUUUUGAGAUUUGUGGAUUAUUGUUAAUUUACACAUAGAACCUAUCAUUUUACAUCAUUAUGGGAGCGACAUGUGGUGGAUAUGUGGUUUUAAAAGUUUUAGAUUAUCACUUGAUCAAGAAAAUUAGCAAAGGUUUGUGUGUGUAAGCACUUAAAAUUCUAAACUAUACAUUUUGGUUGUCUAUUUUUGCUGUUUUUGUUUUUGGUAUAAUUUGGUUUGAAAUCAAUAAUUCAUUAUGCAUUAUCUACUAUUUGCCUGCAUUAAUUAUGGAAAUAAUAGUCGACCCAUUGAGAUAUUUAAUAAUAAAAUAUUGUUUGGCAGACUCAAAGAAGGUUCAGAAGGAAAAAUUUAAUUAAGUAAAUGUGCUUAAAGUAAUGGAAUAAAUUAAAUGA